GCAGGCGGAGCGGCGUGCAACAUACGUCUCGCGGCUGCUCCCCUGGCUGCGCGAGGCUGCGCACAGCGUACCAUUCUGAAUGAUACCCACGCGCCCUGUGCUCGCUCCCGCCACAAACUGGAUUCAUUGGUUAUCGACGCGCGCGCUCCGCAAGUUGCCGUACAACCAGGGGAUUGAACCGUUCACUCGUUCCACGUUAAGUUUUCACCUCGUAAAGGGCGUCCUUAGAGCCUACGGGACUUUGGUGAAUUUGUCUGUUUUAAGAGCCGAGAGAGCACCACGUUAAACCUCCCGGGGUGAAAGUAUUUCAUUGAGGAUGGUCAGUAAAGUGAUUUAAAUCCGCCGUUCAUGAGCCGUGUCCUCUGGGAACGGUUUUGUUCGCGGCUCGAUAAUGACGAGGGGGCUGCCGGGGUCGUUGACUACGGUUUAGCACCAGUCGUUUGAAACGUAUUUUCGGUGGAGAAUGAUCUCCGAAGUGUUUUUGCUCUGAUGGAUGAAGCCGUGCUGGUGGAUCCGCUGUUGAAGACGCCGAGGGGAGAUAACAGCAGCAGCACAACACUACAGAGCGACAGCGAAAGCUAAGCCCAUCGACGCCGACGUUAACAUCAGGUCACCCGCUCUGUUCUGACCCAUACAGGCAGCUGAUUGCAGUGAGUCAGUAUCAUGGAGGCAGGCUGCGGGGCUGCCGCAGCAGUGGGGAUCUCAGCGCUAACACUGCCCGGAGCUCUGACUGCGUCCAGCCAUGACGUCCUGGACAGGGGCCUGAGGCCCGGCCGGAACUUUGAGGACGAGGACCUAGACGUCGUGUCUGAACUGGCCUACAUUCACCCCCGAGACCGGCCCGACUGGGAGGAGACCAUUAGUGCCAUGGCCCGCAGUGCAGAGAUCCCCGAGCUGCGCACAGAGCCCCUCAUGCGCUCGUGCAGCAGCAGCACAGCCAGCAUGAAGGUCAAGAAUGUCAAGAAACUUUCUUUCACCAAGGGACACUUCCCCAAGCUGGCCGAGUGCGCUCAUUUUCACUACGAGAACGUGGACUUUGGCACAAUCCAGCUUUCCCUGGCGGAUGAGCAGUGUGAGGUGACCCGUAACGGCUAUGAGUCCAAAGAACUGGUGUACCUGGUCCAAAUCUACUGUCAGGGCCGGAGCUGGAUUGUGAGGCGCAGCUAUGAGGAUUUCCGUGUGCUGGACAAGCACCUGCAUCUCUGCAUCUACGACCGCCGCUUCUCCCAGCUGCCCGAGCUGCCCCGCUUCGACAGUCUGACGGACCAGUCCGAAUCUGUUUCCCAGAUGCUAUUGGCCUACCUCUCACGGCUCUCAGCCAUCGCUGACAACCAGAUCAACUGUGGGCCCGCCCUCACGUGGAUGGAGGUGGAUAACAAGGGGAACCAUCUGUUGGUGCAUGAGGAGUCCUCCAUCAAUGUGCCAGCCAUCGCUGCUGCCCAUGUCAUCAAGCGCUACAUCGCCCAGGCCGCGGACGAGCUGUCAUUUGAGGUGGGUGAUAUCGUGUCGGUCAUUGACAUGCCCCCCAAGGAGGACACCACAUGGUGGAGAGGAAAACACGGCUUUCAGGUUGGCUUCUUUCCCAGCGAGUGUGUGGAGCUGAUAAACGAUAAAGUGCCGCAGUCUGUGACCAACGCAGUGCCAAAGCCAGCAUCGCCAUGCACUGGUCUGCAGCCUGCAUCCUGGAACCUCUUCCCUCCCUACCUGGAGAUGGAGAGUGUAAAACAGGACAAUGUUUGGGUCGCUGACCCCCUAAACCACUACAGCCCUGAUUCAGUGUCUAAGAAGCACGGCAAGCUGAUCACCUUCCUCCGCACCUUCAUGAAGUCGCGGCCCACCAAGCAGAAGCUGAAGCAGAGGGGCAUCCUCCGGGAGAGGGUCUUCGGCUGUGACCUGGGAGAGCACCUGCUGAACUCUGGUCAUGACGUUCCUCAAGUGCUCAAGAGCUGCACAGAGUUCCUCGAGAAGCACGGGGUGGUGGAUGGAAUCUACCGCCUCUCUGGAAUCGCGUCCAACAUCCAGAAGCUGAGGCAUGAGUUUGACUCUGAGCAGAUCCCCGACCUGACCAAAGAUGUGUACAUCCAGGACAUCCACUGCGUGGGCUCACUGUGCAAGCUCUACUUUCGAGAGCUGCCUAACCCGCUGCUCACCUACCAGCUCUAUGAGAAGUUCUCUGAUGCCGUAUCGGCCGCCACAGACGAGGAGCGACUCAUCAAGAUCCAUGACGUCAUCCAGCAGCUGCCCCCGCCGCAUUACAGGACGCUGGAGUUCCUCAUGAGACACCUGUCUCACCUGGCCACGUUCAGCUACAUCACCAACAUGCACAGCAAGAACCUGGCCAUCGUGUGGGCACCCAACCUGCUGAGGUCGAAGCAGAUCGAGUCGGCCUGCUUCAGUGGCACGGCGGCCUUCAUGGAGGUGCGCAUCCAGUCGGUGGUGGUGGAGUUCAUCCUCAACCACACCGACGUGCUCUUCAGCGCCAAGCUCAGCUCCCUUAUACGGGAGGGCGCAGGCCACAACUCGCUGUCGCGGCCCAAGUCACUGCUGGUGUCCUCUCCCUCCACCAAGCUGCUCACCCUGGAGGAGGCCCAGGCCCGCACGCAGGCCCAGAUCAACUCCCCCGUCACUGAGGACAGCAAGUACAUCGAGGUGGGCGAGGGGCCCGCCGCCCUGCAGGGCAAGUUCCACACAGUCAUCGAGUUUCCCACCGAGAGGAAGAGGCCUCCGGUCAAGGCCAAGAAGUCCCCGGUGGGCAGCUGGCGGUCCUUCUUCAACCUGGGGAAGUCGUCCUCCAUGUCCAAACGCAAGCUGCAAAGGAACCCCAGCGAGCCCAGCGAGCUCAAAGCCAUGGCCCUAGCCGGUGGGAGAGGAGACACGGCAACGCUGAGAUCGGCCAAGAGUGAAGAGUCCCUGACGUCCCUGCACAACGUCCAGGGAGAGUCCAAGGCCUACCGUCCGCGGCGGCCCCGCUCCAGCAGUGACGCCCUCUCCCCCUCCUUCGCCAACGAGCUCCUGGACGGCGGCCACCACCCACACCACCACCGCCGCGGGCGCCAGUCCGACUCCUACGACAACCUGGACGCGGCGGCGGCGGCGGCGGCUGGCGGCGGCGGGUGCGACGGGGACGACGGCCCCAUCCGCGUGCCGGCCCUCAUCUCGCCGCCCCGCUGCUCGGCCGCCUCGGGCGCCAACGGCGGCGAGGACGUGGACCUCAGCCCGCCCGACAUGGGCGUGGCCACGCUGGACUUUGACCCCAUGUCCUUCCAGUGCAGCGGCCCCGACACGUCCUACGCCUUCCCCCUGGACGAGACGACGGGCGCGGCCGGAGGUGAGGGGCUCUGCUUCAGGACCCCGGGCUCGGGCAGCGUCUCGUCCGUCGCCGACGAGGCCCUCUCGCCGUUCCCCCUGGGGCCCCUCAACUUCCUGCUGCCGCCCGCCGAGCCCGGACGCACGGCCGGAGAGAAGGCGGGCGGCAAGAGGAUGAUGACGACGUCGUACUCGUACACGGACAAACCCACGCAGGCCGUCUCGCCCAUCAAAUGCGGGAAGUCAGCCAGCACGGACUGGCUGUCCGCCUCGGAUCUCUUCCCCACAGAGCUGUCGCCGGGCGGGGAGGCCAGCCUCAGCCAGGCCUUCCAGCUGGAGCUGCAGGGCAAACUUGCCACGGCCGACAGCCGGGAGUCGAAACUCAAAGGGAGCUCGGAGCCACCGCAGAACGGCGCCGCGAAAGAGCACCAAGGAGCCAUAGCACUGGACACUUCAAAGGACCCCUCCCCAGCCCCUCCUCCUCCUCUCGCCCCUGCAGCCCAGCACUCCGCCCCUCCCCCUCCCCCACCCAAGACCUCCGCCCGCAUGCUGGCCCUGGUCCUGGCCGAAUCGGCCCAGCAAGCCUGCGUUCAGGUCCAGAGCGAGCCCACCGAGCCCCCCGCCGCGCUGGAGGCCGCGCCCUCCUGUCCCGUGGCCCCCCAGCCCAAGCCUCGCUCGGUCAGGGAGGGCCCCUCAGACGGAAGCUCCACAAAACCAAAGUCGACGGCCGUCCAUUCGGGGGGGGACCCUCCACCCGGCCGCACGCCCGCCAGCGAGCCUUCGCCAGCAGCGACCCUGGAGACGGGCUCCAGCGUACACACCACAGCUCUUCCCGCUCCCCUGAACCAGGGCCCCCUCUUAGCCGGCUCCACCAGCCAGGGGCCCCUCGGCCAGAGGAGCCCAGAGAGGCAGCAGAGGCAGCCCCGCGGCGCCGCGCCGCUACCGGUUAGCACCAGCACGUCUUCCACCGUCUCGGGUCCCGGCAGCACGGCCCGCUGCAAGGGGGCCGCUGCCGGGCCACAGCCGGCUCCUGAGGUCAAGUUAAGAGAGAGCGUGCCGCCCCCAACCCUUCCGAAGCCCACAGAGCGCCACUCACUGAUGGCCCACCAGCCCAAGCCGGUGGCCGUCUCCCUGUCCCAGCAUCCACCACAACCCCAGCCCCAGCCCUCCACUCAGCCCACACCUCCAGCCCAGCCGGACACCCAGCCCCAGACAACAGCUUCACAGCCAGCGCCCAGGACGAAAGGGCCUGCGCCCCAGACCGUGCCCCAGAUGAACCAGGCCGCACCCCAGACCGCCCCCCACACUGCCCCCCACACCGCCCCCAACACUGGGCCCCAGACCGCCCCCCAGACCGCCCCCCACACUGCCCCCAACACUGGGCCCCAGACCGCCCCCCACACUGCCCCCCACACUGCCCCCAACACUGGGCCCCACACCGCGCCCCAGACCGCCCCCCACACCGCGCCCCUUCCCCAGUCUUACGGCCCCGCCCCGCCCCGGCCACAAGUGGCCCAGCUGGCCCAACCUCAGUCGCAGGCCAAGGUGAGCGCCCGCGUGGCUCCAACCACAGCGGAGACGACAGAGAAGCCGUGGGAGGCCAUCGAGCCAACGCAGCCCCCCCGCGGGGCCCCCGAGACGCCGCAGCCUCCGUCCAGGGAGCCCCCCGGCCCCACGCCUCCGGCCCCGCCCGUCCGCACCAUGGAGAGCAAGCUGGCGGCCGCAGCCCUCAGCCACAGCGAGGGGUCCAUGCCCAGCGCCCACCCCGACGACACCCCUCACUACGGCCCGCCGUCCCCCCGCAAGUCCAACAACCACCAGCCGGCCUACCUGUACCACCCCCAGGGGGAGGCGGUCUCGCUGGAGCCCCCCGGACCGGCCUACUACCACCACCAGCACGGCAGUAUCCCCGUGGGCCCCCCCGCCCCGGCGCAGCACCACUACCGGCCCGACGUCGUGCCGCCGCCGCCGGCCCCCCACCACUCCUACGUCUCCAAGUCGGAGCCCCACAUAGCGUACCGGGCCCACAUGGACGGGCGCUACAGCACCCUGGGCCCCAGGUCCACCCACCACUCCAUCAAGUCCCGGAGCAACCACACCCGCAGCAUGUACAUCUCCCCCGGGCACCUGGUCCAGGGCCAGGGCUACGUCUCUGCCGACCGGAUCCCCGGGUACCCCACCAUCCGCAGGGUGCACUCCAUGCACGUGCCCUCCGCCAUCCGCACGGUGCCCGUCCUGCGCACCGAGGUCCCCCCCGACGACGAGCUGUUCUUCUACCACCGGGCGGGCUUCCCCUGCAAGGCCUUCCAGCAGCAGCAGCAGCAGGCCGCGCAGCAGCAAGCCGCGCAGCAACAGGCCGCGCAGCAACAGGCCGCGCAGCAACAGGCCGCCGCCCAGCAGCAGGCCUCGCAGGCCGACUACCACGUCACCCAGCUGCAGCCUUACUUUGAGAACGGCCGGGUGCAGUACCGCUACAGCCCCUACUCGGGCUCCAGCCCGCUGGAGGCGCCGUUCUACGACGUGGACCCCUACGGCAGCAUCCGCCUCCGACACGUCCACUCGUACGGCAGCCGGGAGCUGGGGGGCACGCUGGGCCGCCACUCGGGGAGCAAGGCCAGCGGCUACCACUACCUCUCCCGCCACGGCAUCCCGCCGGGCAAGGAGCACAGCUUCGUCAGCAGGGACAUGCCCCCCGGCCACGGCCCCAAGGGGGGGCCCGUCUACCUGUCCUGGGACCCCGAGGAGUGCGAGCGGCUCCGCAUGCACUCCAUCCGCAGGGAGAGCCGGGCCCGGCAGAAGAUGAAGGGGCCCGUGCUGUCCCAGUACGACAAUGUGGGCGUGUACCCGGCGCCGGACCCCUCGGGCUACGACAGCCUGCACCUCCGCAGCAAGUCGGACCCCGGGAAGGCCGCGCAGAUGGCGGCGGCGGCGGAGGCCAAGGAGGGCCGACACCCCCAGCCCAGGAGCCUGGCACCGGACGCAGACGUCCUGAUGUACGUUGAGACCUGCCGGCCCGACGGCCCGACCAAUCAGGGCGACUCCAGAAGGUGCCAGUCGUCCAACUCCCUGUCCGCCUCCUCUAGCCACAGCCUCUCGGCACCGCACGACGCCAAACACCAGCACGGCGCCGACGAGCUCUGCGGGGGAUCCGGCCGCUCCAAACACUGGCAGCAGGAGCACCCCAACAAGAGGGGCUUUGUGCCCCGCUACGAACGCCCCGAGGCCGACCGCCACCAGGCCAAGGCCCCCAGCGGUGGCUACCACGGCACCGAGGAGCCGGCCUGGAGGGAGCAGCCGGCGCGCUCCAAGCCCGAGCGCUCUCACAGCAUGAGGGACCCGCCACCGCUCCACGCCCCGGCUCAGCCAGACGCCGAGCCGGAAUACUCCUACCACAAGCGCGGCGGCAAGGCGGCCCCCUCGCACUAUGACAACUUGGACGACUACCACCAAGUACCUCAGCCACAGGCGCCCGUCCAGAAGCGCGGGCUGGGCCACGGCACCUUCCCUACUCCCGCAUUCACCGCGGUCCACAGCAACAGAGCCUACACCACGGCUCUGGGCCAAGGUGCCUUCCUCCAGGCGGAGCUGGCCAUCGCACGGCCGGAGACCGAAAUAUGUACAGAAUAGGAGAGACCCCUUUUCUUUUGUGUUUGGCAGGGAUGUCGAAAUUAACUUAUGCCGCGUAGAAGAAAAGCUGACAUUGAACAGCCUCUGCAGGACAGGGGACUGUCAUAUGACCAUUAUUUUUGUUGGCCCGUAUUUUUAAUGAAUUGUAAUUAAAACCUUAAAAAAUUGACUUUUUACAGAAAGUAUGAAAUGUACCGGAAAGUGUCUAUUGUCCAGCCGGUCAUGUUGUGGUGAUUGAUUUGGACAAUAGUCUUAAAUAUAUAUAUAUAUAUAUAUAUAUAUAUAUAUAUAUAUAUAUAUACACUAAAGACAAUGUGGUACAUUAAACAAGACACUGCAGAGAUGUUGGACAAACAGCCUAUAUCAAUAGAAGACUAGCAAAAGGUUUUAUGUUCAUUUUUUUCAUUAUUUUUUCUAGACUAGGCGCUGGGUACAAGCAUUAACUGGGAUUAAGGUUUUGCAUUUUAGAAAUGCAUGUAAUCUUGGUCUAUUACAGGACAAUUCUGUGUACUUCCCUCUCCAUCGCGCACGUCUGGAUGUGACAGCACAAGUCAGUGUGGGAGGAGGCCCGUUAGUCAGCAGGCCCCGCGCUGUGCGCCCCAACCCCUUCCGGCCUCAGUAUAAUCAGCCCAAUGAGAUGGUUGAGAUACACUGUGUCCGUAAAGUUUUCAAACAUUGAGGGGGAACUGGGGAGGGCAGAGUAUGAAAGAUUGACGAUCAAGCAAAUAUAGUGUUUAUUAAUGUCUUUGCUCUAUGUGUGACUGUGCCAUUUUUAUGUACAUUUGCUAUAGAGAAGAAAUAUACAGAAAAAUUGGAAUUGCUGAAAUUCUAAUUUAUGUUGAUUUUUCUUUUGGUUCUUGUUUGUUCUACAUUGUACGAGGGACCAAGCAGUUUGUGAACGGACUGGUUGGAGUACUCACUUGCACAGGAUUAGGAGGAAGCUGAAUGAGUGAAUGGCUGUUGAUGAUAUUAGUUGUGUAAAAGAUUAUAUUUCCUCCUCUUUUUUCAUCCAUUUCGAAGAAUAUACGUGAACUGGAAUAACUGAAUAAAGUAACCUGAAAACAAAGUCUUCUCAAACAAGGCGAUAAAUAACGCUUUGCCAACUUUCUUUUGUUAAUAACUUGAGACCUAACGUUGCUACCACUUACACCCCUUUAUACCCCCCUUAUAUUACAAGCAAUUAAAAAUUGAUGGUUAAUCCACAAGUAGAUUCUGGUGUAACAUUUAACCUCAAUAUUUGUCACAUCCUGUUUGUUAACACUUGGCUAUAAACUCUAGAGAUUAUUCCAUUUUAUGUACAAUGAUUUCUUGACAAAAAAAUUAAUCAUUCAAUUAUUGUUUUUAUAGUAACAUGGGGCUGAGCAUUUUCAGAAUUGCAUUUUCUGGUUUGCUCUAAAUUCUAGUUAUUCUAGUUAUUCCCAGUUUUUAUUUUUACAAAGUUCCCUUGUUUGCUUCCGUCAGCCAAAAUUGACUAUUAACCUAAAUACACCUGUAACCCUUGUCCAGAUGAGGCUCUCAAAGUUAAGAAGCGCUGUUUACUUGAAUGUAAAGCAUCCAUAUUUGAAAAUUGAGUUUUCUAAAUAAGGUAUAUGAUAAAGAAACAAUAAAAUCUGUUCUUAAACGGGUGUAUUAAUGUUUUCUUCAAAGAUAAUGCCAACCUGAAGAUUUUAAGGUCCCAGAAUUUAUAUUUAAACAAAUGUCUAAUUGAUGUGAACAUCAGUUUGGGGUUUUUGUUCCAGCAGUAUUCCCUUCCCCAUGUGUAAAUACCUUUGCUAACAGACAGGUCUCAGCCUGUUUCAUGAGGACAAAAAUAGAACAGCCUUCCGUAAGCACAUAUUGAGUUCCUGCUUGUUAUACAAUUUAAUUUGACAGGAAUAGGUGGUAUAUAUUAAUCAUGCAAUACUUCAGAGAUGCCUUUUCAACUACGUAUCGUUCAUCUAAUGCCUCAAAUGUUUGCGUGUUUCAAGCAUAUUGCUAUAUCUAUAAAUAUCAAUAUUUCCACCCUACACUACUGUUGAACCAAAACAUUUCUGUGUCAAAU